GUUCACAUCUAGUGCUGUGCAUCGCCCAGCGGCUUGCACGUGUUGGGAUUGAAGUAUUGUUUUCGUUGCGGCAGGAAUUACUUGGAACUAUUGGCGCCAUGGCUGCGCAGGAACCUGCUACCAAAAGGAAGCGCAUUUCAAAGAAGAACAAAGCCGCUUGGCGCAAGAUAGACAUACAAGAUGUUGAACAGUUUCUAGAGGACCAACGCCAAGAAGAGCGCAUCGGCACCUUUACAGACAAACAGGAUGAGGAUCUGUUCGUGGUGGAUGCUUCGCCACUGAAGACUGCGCCCAGCCAGCUGACAAUCAAGCAGAAACGCAAAUUAAAUGCGUUAAAGCCUAUGCGCUCUCAUCAGGCACUGGAGAACACAUCCAAGGUGCAGGAUCCGAUUGUAAAGCGAAACCAUGUGAGGCAGAAGAAGAGCGGGCGCAACAUAGAGAUGGAGGUUUGUAAUCCAACCAAGCCCAGACAUCGACAGGCGAACACAGAUCGCGGGCUCUACUACGAGAAACUCGAUAAGGAACUGGCUAUGCGAGAAAGUGGCAAAAAGUUGCCUAAAAUCGACAAGGAUAUUUGGCAGGAGGAGGACUUUAGGGACAAAAUACCCGGCCUCAAGGAUGAGAAGGGCUGGAUCAGUCGCGAUCUAGCGUUGCACGUUGCUGGCAACAUCGGCCGCAAGGUGGUCAAAACGCAUGCCAGCCUGCACCACAAGACAACCAAGGCCAAAAAGUUUGAGGCGCCGCAUCCAGGCAUGAGCUACAAUCCCUCGCUGAAGGCGCACCAGGAGCUGCUGGCGGAAGUUGUUGAGCGUGAGCAAUCCAUUAUCAAGAAGGAGCAGCAUCUCAAGCGCGUCACCACCACCAUGUUCAGCAAGGUGACGCCCGAGGAGCGCGACAAGCGCCGUCUCGAUGAGAUGAGCGAGGGCAUCAAGGAGGACGGUGAGCCGGAGUCAGAGGAUGAGGUUGAUCCGAAGUCUGCCGACAACAGCUAUUCUACAGUCAAUGCGCCCGUCGAGAACAAGAAGAAGAGCAAGGCGGCUCGUAACAAGGAGCUUAAGCAAAAGAAGCUGCAGCGUCAGCAUGAGGCCAAAAAGGCCCUCAAGAAACAGACCGCAGAUCUAAUUAGAAUCAAAUCCAUACGCGCUGAGGUGCAAGAAGAGGCCGAAGAGCUGAAAGACCUGAAGAAACGCCGCAAAGCGGCAGCGGAGCGCAAAAAGUACGAGACGAAACGCUUGGGCCGGCACAAGUUCGAGGAGCCCGACCUGGAUGUGAAUAUGCCCGAAGAUCUGGCUGGCAAUCUGCGCAAUGUGAAGACCGAGAGCAAUCUGCUCACCGACCGCUUCAAGCUGCUGCAAAAGCGCAACAUGCUGCCCACAACGGUGGCUGUCAAACGCAAGCGCGCCAAGGUGAAGCGUUUCCCACGCAGCUCCCACAAGGAACCCGGCGUUAGCUUCCAGGAGCUGCGCGAUCGCCGGAAGGCGGCGGCCGCCGCGGCUAAAGCCAAUAGUGACACCAUCAAGAUUUAGUUAACGUCAACUCUCCAUUAUUUUUUAUUGAAGAAACCUUAUAAAUAUAGAUCUACCCCAACUGUGCCCACU